AUGGCAAAUUUCAAUUCUCGAACAUUGUUACAACCGAUCGCUGCCUUCUCGAUGGCAGUUCUGCUUGGAAUAAAAGAAAAGAUAAAAGUGCCAACCGUCAAAAAACCGCCGAGUAAUCAUGAUGAUUUACAACCUUUUCAAUGUACAAUCACGUUUACAAAUCCUUUUCCUGCCGCUGAUAAGAACAGCAAUGCUUCUACAAUAACAGGAACACGGUACUCUAACGAACUAGGCCCACCACCUCCUUUGCCCCCACCACCACCUAAAUUUGCAAAUGGUUUCUCUGCUCAUCAUAACGGGUCAAAAAUUGAUCCGAAACAUCCGAUUAAAAAGAGUAUUCAAAAACAAGCGCAGAAUGGAAAACCACUUUCAGUUAUUGUUGAGAAUCCCUCGACGCAAAAUAGCCUUGCUGGCGAUUUAGGGGAUUCAGGGAUUUUCGGUUUCAGGAAUUUAGUAAAGAGAUCAGCCUCGUUGACCGCCAUAGCUUCUUCCACAUUCUCUUUACUGACGGGAAUAGAUUCGGGACCUGCAUCCCCGACUUUUCCUCCCUCUACAGCUUCAACGACAAUUUCUUCACAAAACUCCACCGCCACAAGAACGGAAAAAGUGGAAAUGGAGAUUAUUUAUGAUCCGCAAAGACAAGAUAUCAAGGCUCCAUCUCAUUUAGAAAAUUAUUCGGACACUGACACAGAAACGGACGAUGAUUUUGGAUUCAUAAAUUUACGGAAAGCAGACGGGGCUGGUAGUGAUACAAUGUCCGUAGAUCUAGAUACACGAGAAUCAACGCCACGCAGUUCAGUGGAUUUUUAUGGGCUCGGGAAUAAUUCAGAAAGGAAUUGGGCUGGUGGUGGUAACGGUGGAAAUGGUUUCUAUGGAGGAGGAGAUAAUAAAGGACAACAUCAGCAGAAUAAAAGAUAUAGCACGAUGUCGAAAUGUAACUCCUCACCAUCUCUAACACAAAAAUAUGAAACAUUAUUAUGGAGCUUUGCUCAAGUUGUUGGACAUUUUAUAGUUGAUGGUUCGUUAGUUAAAUCGGUUGAAUUUGAACCGUUAAAGCAUAAGGCAAUGUAUAGACCUGCUAGUGGGGGAGGCGUCGGUGCUGGUGGAGCGGUUGGAGGUGGAAUGCUGGGAAUAUUUGGCCCUAAUUCGAAAAAUCAGAUGAACACGGGAGAUUUUCAAGAAAGAGCAGAUAAUAAAACAGUUCCAGUUUUCUCAACGCCUCCUUCAAUCUUAUUUGUUGACUUACAUCUAGCACCAGGAGAAACACGAACUUAUACUUAUGAGACAAAGUUGCCAAAUGAUUUGCCUCCUACACAUCGCGGGAAAGCCAUAAGAUUUCAUUACAAUUUAAUAAUAGGGACACAUCGAGGGGGAAUGAAUCAUCAAUCACAUAUUGUACAGUUACCGUUCCGAGUAUUCAAUCAUGUCUCCGAGGACGGAACGAGACCAGUGUAUGAUCUCAUGAAUCCCCUAAUAAUAUAUAAAGAUGAAGCGAUAAUAACGUGUAUGGAGGAUAAGCAGCCGUUACCUAAACCUGUAAAGAAAAAAAAGGAUAAAAGACGUGCAGAGUUUCUGGAGUACGUUGAGAAACUAGUAGAAGCUUCAAAGAAUGAGAGAGAAACAAAAACCUCAUCUAAUAGUCACCAUGACCUGAAAUCCAGUGAACAGGAAGCUAUUAGUGAUAGACCUCCACAGCCACCACUAUCUCAACAUCAUAUUAUUUUGGAGAAUCAGCAAAAGUCUUGUGCGAAUACUAUUUCAAUUUUGGCUAAAAACAUGCGGAAAGCCAAUUACGAUAUUUGUAAGAAUAACGAAAGAGUCGCACAAUUGUGCCUUUUAAAGACAUCAUAUCGGUUAGGUGAUGUAGUUAACGGGGUCAUAAGUUUUGUCAAUUUCGUGAUACCGAGUUAUCAGGUAUCUAUCACAUUGGAGAAUAGCGAACUUGUAGAGCCUACUAUUGCCAAUCGUCCACAGCAUCAGAUUUCGCGGUUAACGCGGAAAAUACAUGGCGAACAUCACGAAUUCUGUCUGAAUUCGCGUAGAAUAAGUUUUUCCAUCACUAUACCGACAUCCAGUACACCUGAUUUUGCUACGACAGGAGUAAAAUUACAAUGGGGACUACGUCUCGAAUUUAUCACCGGCCCAAAGAAUAAACCACCAUUACUGGCAUUCAAUGCAGAUGAUCGUCAUCAAUAUUAUCAAGCUGUGUCUGAGGUUAAUGUUGAAACGUUCGAUUGUUUUAUUCCGAUUAAAGUGUAUCCAACUUUAUAUGAAUCCGCGCGGACAUUUUCUUCACAACAUACUUUUACUGUAUCAUAG